GAUCCUUCAUUCAGCCCAGCUGCAUUGAGAAGACUAUGGGCUGUGGAGGAAGCAGAGCUGAUGCCAUUGAACCCCGUUACUAUGAGAGCUGGACAAGGGAGACUGAGUCCACCUGGCUGACCAGCACUGAUACUGAGAUCCCACCAGCAGGACUGGGACAUUCCUGUCAAGAUGACCACAGCUCAACAGAGGUUGGAGUGAGGGACAAGAGAGGAUCACAUCCUGGUAUUAUAGAAGAUGGGAAGUCAACUCAGACGUGUGUUACGGUCUCAUCCUCCGGCAAAGAAGCCCUGAAGAAAACUAAUUCAGGAACACAAUGUGGGAAGCCAACAGUCUACUCCACAGGAACGAAGGCACAAAAACAGAAGAGUGUGUGCAGGACUACCGAGGCCAAAAGAGAAAGCAAACGGAUGACCAAAAAAGAAGUCACAAUCAACUUACCGAAAAGCAUCAGGCCAAUGGACAGCGAUGGACGGAUUGCUGAGAACUGUGUUAAUUAGCCUGGGACAGGGAGAUGCUCACAGGGACUCAUUAGAAACAAUUUGCGCACUUUAAUUAAAGUAGCUAAAUGCCGCAGGGAAAGAGAAAUCUUCUAAGAACUGAUCGACUAAUUAUUUUCUUAAAGAUGUUGCUCUCUAUUUUGCAAGCAGAUACAAAACGUGACAAGAGGUGUGGUGGAGGAAAAACAGGGGCGCAAAAGUUUGCUACUGAGUGCCUUCAGUAAAAUGUCUGGGCAUCGGUCUGAUGGGAACAUGGAAAGUCAUGUGGACAAUUGAGCUUGUAGAUUUUUGGUAGGUCAGGUGCAGGGGAUUAUAGUAGUCGCAGUAAGAAUAUCCUGCAUCGUUUAUAAUGCAUCAUAUAAUACAUAGCCUCCUUCUACAAUGUCUAGCUUCUUGAGAACAUCUCAAACCUUUUCAAUCUGAUAGUAUAGUAUCUCUCUUAUAUAGUAACAUAAAACGGAGGCCUGUGUUUUGUGAUUAUACUACUACUCCUAUUAUUGGAUGUGUGCUUUCCAAUGGCUUGGACGCUGCAUGCAAUAACUGACAAGGUUUUAUCUUUAGACGCUAAGCCAAAUUCUCCAACAUACAGGUUCACGGUAACAUCCGGUAUUGCUGUCCGUGACUCUAGGGCUUCAGGAUGGUGUACAUGAUAGUUUAUGCUUUUCGUGUGAUUGCUUUUUGUACAGUCCUGAGACGAGUUCACUUUAAUCGCAGACAUGUAUAACAUAUUCAUGAAGUAAAUCGGGGAUCUAUAGGAAAAC